AUGUUCGGGAUUCAGGAGAGCAUUCAGAGGAGCGGGAGCAGCAUGAAGGAGGAGCCGAUGGGCGGCGGCAUGAACGCGGUCAGGACGUGGAUGCAGGGCGCCGGAGUGCUGGACGCAGCCACAGCCGCUCAGAGUGGAGUGGGUCUGGCCCGGGCUCACUUUGAGAAGCAACCGCCCUCCAACCUGCGCAAAUCCAACUUCUUCCACUUCGUGCUGGCUCUGUACGACAGACAGGGGCAGCCUGUGGAGAUCGAGAGGACCUCGUUCGUGGGAUUUGUGGAGAAAGAAAAGGAACCGACCGGAGAAAAGACAAACAACGGAAUCCAUUACAAACUACAGCUUCUCUACAGCAACGGUAUCAGGACAGAGCAAGACUUUUACGUACGGUUGAUCGACUCCAUGACCAAACAGCCUAUCAUUUAUGAAGGUCAAGACAAGAAUCCAGAGAUGUGCCGAGUGCUGCUAACACAUGAGAUCAUGUGCAGCCGCUGCUGUGACAAGAAGAGUUGUGGCAACCGUAACGAAACACCCUCCGACCCCGUCAUCAUAGACAGGUUUUUCCUGAAGUUCUUCCUGAAAUGCAACCAAAACUGUCUAAAGAAUGCAGGGAACCCACGAGACAUGCGACGCUUCCAGGUGGUGGUGUCUACAACGGUCAGCGUGGACGGCCAUGUCUUGGCUGUGUCUGACAACAUGUUUGUGCACAACAACUCCAAACAUGGGCGCAGGGCUCGCCGACUGGACCCUUCAGAGGGCACCCCAUCAUACCUGGAGCAUGCAGCCACUCCUUGCAUUAAGGCCAUCAGUCCAAGCGAAGGAUGGACCACAGGAGGAGCCACUGUGAUCAUCAUCGGGGACAACUUCUUUGAUGGGCUGCAGGUCAUCUUCGGCACCAUGCUGGUCUGGAGCGAGCUCAUCACCCCUCACGCUAUCCGGGUACAGACUCCCCCCAGACACAUACCCGGAGUGGUGGAGGUUACUCUGUCCUACAAGUCCAAACAGUUCUGCAAGGGAACACCAGGCAGAUUCAUCUACACAGCACUGAAUGAGCCCACCAUCGACUACGGUUUCCAGCGGUUACAGAAGGUCAUCCCCAGACACCCUGGUGAUCCUGAACGCUUACCAAAGGAAGUGAUUCUGAAGAGGGCAGCAGAUCUUGUAGAAGCCCUGUAUGGGAUGCCUCACAAUAAUCAGGAGAUAAUUUUGAAGCGAGCAGCAGACAUCGCUGAGGCUCUCUACAACGUUCCACGCACACACAACCAGCUGCCAGGCCUGGCCAACAGCUCUGUACAUGCAGGCAUGAUGGGUGUCAACUCUUUCCACGGUCAGCUCGCUGUCAACGUCUCUGAGUCCACGCAAGGGGCCAAUCAGGGUUUCAGUCGGAACACGAGCAGUGUGUCUCCUCAUGGUUACGUGCCCAGCUCUACACCCCAGCAGAGCAGCUACAGCACAGUCAGCACGAGUAUGAAUGGCUAUGGCAACAGCGGCAUGACCACGCUGGGAGGGUCACCCAACUUCCUCAACGGUUCGGCUGCCAACUCCCCCUACGCCAUCGUCCCGUCCAGUCCCACCAUGGCCUCCUCCACCAGCUUGCCCUCCAACUGCAGCAGCUCCUCAGGCAUCUUCUCCUUCUCCCCGGCCAACAUGGUUUCGGCUGUCAAACAGAAGAGCGCCUUCGCCCCAGUGGUCCGGCCCCAGGCCUCACCCCCUCCCACCUGCACCAGCGCCAAUGGCAACGGCCUCCAAGCAAUCCCAGGCAUGAUUGUUCCUCCCAUGUAGUGGCUCCUGGGCUGCUGAAGAGGCGCAUUUGACAUCGGCUCAUGCUCGAAACCCACAAGGUCUGGACCAAAGGUGUCUCCAUGUGGGCAGAAAAAAAGAGAUAAAACCCAGACUUUGAAAACUCAGGCCUUUUUCAACAGAAUCUCACAUGAAGGGAAAUGCGUGGUGGUGGUUUGAUUUUUCUAAAUGAAUUUUUAGACCUCCUCUGCUGAAGGACGAGUCCCCAUGAACUACCUAUGCGGAGAGAGUGACAGCCCUUUUCAUUCUGGUCAUGGGCUUUUUUGAUGAAGUGGACAUCAUAUGCCUUUUAUACAGACUGUACCAUAAACACAUGACACUAUGAGAGCAGUAACUGUAAUGUUCCUGAAAGCUGGAUGUUGCAUAGCGGCGAGGGAAAAUGGCAGAAAACUUUAGCAAAGCAGGUCAGCGUUAGUCCUACCGAAUAUUCAUUUAAAGUUGUUUAAGACAUUUAUAUAUCCAAAACAAAAACCAUAUCAGCCAGCUGUGUAAACAGGUGUUUUCUGUAUAAACAAGAUGAGGAUGGAUUCCUAGCUCUGGCGCCAGUCACAAGCCAACAAAUGAAGUUUGCCAUAACUUUUGUUGCAUUGUUUUAAUUUGUAUUGCCAUAGUCUUCAGUAAUGUUUUGUGUUAAUUAUUCAGGUACAUGCUGGUUCAGUUAUUUUGUCUUUAGAGACAGCAAAACUCUUAUAAGGUAGCCAUGAGCUGAUUGUCAGUAGGUUCCUGGCCCACUGUGAAAGACUUGGACCCCACAAAAGAGAGAAGAGUGCUUAAAGAGUAGAAUUUCAGCUGAAUCAAUAUUUAUGUGUGUACAAAAUGAUUUGCUGCUUGUCAGUGCCAGAAUAUGCAGUAAACAAAAAAAAUGGAAAACACCACAAAGUACACUAUGAGUUGCUCUGCCAAUUUAGCUUUCAGUCUUGAAAAUUAAGUGCAUUUUUUAGAUGUGCUGAAGGAUAGUCAUAUGAGAAUCAUGCAUCAUGAAGCCAUAAGAAGUUUGUUGUUCUCAUAUUUAAAAAGAAAAAAGGAAAAAAAAAAAACAUUAGACUGUGAUUAUGACCUUUGCUCCAAGUGAUCCUCAGUAAAGGAUAAAAUGAAGGGACACAGAUGAAGAAUAUAUGCUCAGUGGCGGCUGCUAGAAAAACCCCCUUUUAGUUCUUUUUAUUUUGUUUUUCUUUUGGUGACCGUGAAGGAAAUGACUUGAAUAAACAGAGGAUGCUGAUAUUUCGCCAGCACUGUAUAGCCUGCUCUUCAAUAUGUGUCAAACACCCAGCAAAUGAAAGUUUGAUUGGCUCCCUUUAGUAGUCAUAUAUUUUGUACAUAUGCUUCUUUUUUGCUUUUUUUGCUUUGUUUAUCAUUAGUUUGUUUUUGCCAAAAUGGUUAAAUAUAUUUAUAUUAAAAUGUCUUAAGGCAGCUUGUCAGUUUAGUAUCACCAGUGAUCUGUACUGCAUACUCAAUCUUGCCAACUUUAGCAAAGGAAAAGCAACAACUUGGAUUCUGGACAUAAAGAAUAGGUUCUGUAAAAUAUCCAUAUACAUAAUGUAUUUAUCUCUAGAGUUUGUACAUUGCUUUUUUUUUCCUCCCCUCGUUUCAUUUGAUUGUGGAGGUUUCUAUGUGGUUAUGUGCCGUUUUAUCAGCCACCGUUGUCCUCGUUGUUGAAAUUGUAUUUCAUAGAUUGUUUGUAUUUACUUUUCAUGUUUGCCAUGCUUCCUUUUUUAAGUUCCAUUCAUUAAAAAGCCAUUGUCUAUUUUUGUAUAAUUUGUAAGUUAAAAGAAUUUGUUUUCCUUUUUUGGAAUUUUUUAAUGUAUGGCAAAAAAGUAGCAUCUUAUUCUGAUAGCAUUUAGUUAUGUAGAUUUUUAAAUAUAUAUAUAUAUAUGAUGAAUAUAUAAAUCUAUAUCUUUUUUGUUUUUCUCUUUGAGGCUUACAAAAAUUGAUACUGUUGUUAAACUAAUAAUAUGCAUGGGCUAUUCUCUUCUGAGAGUGUGUUGGAAACUAGAAGGGGGGAUUUUUUUGGAUGAAAUAUGAAAAUACUUUCUUUCUCCUUCGUGUUUCUUUUUUUUUCCUUUUUUUCCCUCUUACAUUUCUCUCUGCUUUUCAUUUCUCAGUUAUUUAUGCCUGCUUGUAUAUCUGUAUAUUCUGUCUUUUUUCCUUUUCACUCGUACCAGUACCAGCAGUUUAGAUGCCUUAACAAUGCAAACCCAUUCGCAUACAAUCACUUGUACAGUUAUCAUCACCACCGUUAGAAAAUACCAUCGAUUUUCUCAAGGGACGGUUUUACGAUGCAGAACAAAAGAAAAAAAGAACGAAAAAAAAAAGCACAAAUUGGGCCGUUUUACCUAGAUACUGUUUAUAAGACCCAGCUCAGCAAAGCAGGGAAGGUUAAGCGAAUAUGUUUGUCUUUUUUGUAUGUGUUUGGAUUAUGAAGGAUAAUGAGGAGCGUUUGCAUUUGGAGGUGUGUGGAGAGAGUGUGUGAUUCAUAUUUAAUGUCUGUUGCAGCUGUGUGUUGCUAGGGGAUGGGGGUGCACUUUAUUAUUAAUUUAAAACAAAAGGCUGCCUUUUUAAUUUUCUGUUUGUGCUCUAUUAAUGUGUGUUUGCGUCAAAGAUCCAUGAGGGUGGGGGGAAACCUAAAAAGCCAUAUUGUGCUAGUUCACUAUCAGCUCAGAGAGUGACGUUCUGGUGGUCUGACGGUGCAGACGGUGGCACACUUUUGCGUGUACGUGUGUCUGUUUUUUUGUUUUUUGUGGUGCCAUCAUAGUGCUGCAAUAAGUACUGCUGACUCUAACUGAGAGGUGUGUCAGAGCACAAUGACCUGCCCUUAGCUCCGGGGGCCACCGGUUCUCUGGUUCUUGUGCUAACUCACUAACUGUGUUUGCUUCACUGCUAACUCUCUUUCUUCUGCUAGCCAGAUUGCCCCCCUUGUAACAAUAUCGCCAACAGAGCCCCAAGUGAUCAGGCUUCAAAGUGCAGGACCCUUUGUGAAUGGUCUAAAGUGGGGUGUUUGUGUAGCGUAGUAUCUGCAAGCUCCUGCCAGAGAGAGAAUAUGGCUUUUCAUUUGCCGGUGUUGGGUUUGUUUUGUGUGUGUGAUUCUGUGUGAUUCUGAGUGAAUGCUUGUGUGUGAGGACUUUUUAACAGAAGCCACUGAUGACAGAGCCACAAUUGGGCUCUUCUCUCAUAUUUUCACUCUUUUAGCGGGGCUUUUUUCCCCUUUCAUAUGAAUUCUAAAUAUAUGGCUGUUGUACAAUGGCCUCUUUGUAUGUGGAUCCAUCUUAAUGAUUAGGAUGGGCAGCUGAUAAAGCAACAAGCAUUACUGUAGGAAGCAAGACUCAAACCAAAAAAGCUGGUCCUCUCCCUUUCUUUUCUUCUCUCUCUCUCUCUCUCUCUCUCUCUCUCUCUCUCUCUCUCUCUCUCACUCUCUCUCUCUCUCGUUCUGUCUCUUUCUCUUUUUGUUUGUCUUUGAAUGGAUACACACUGAGCAGUUCUAUUGAUAGGGAAAACCAAGACAAAAACUACUGUAUAGAUUGUUAUCAUUUUUUUGAUGAAAGCUGUAAAAUAACUUUUCAGAAUUCACAAUAUUAAAUUAAAGUUACUUCUUGUCUG